AUGAAACAAGAUUGUUUCACGACACCAUGGAAAGUCGAUGAAUGGGGUACUGUACAAAUCUUCGAGGAUGGUGACCGUGUCCAUACGGCAGCCAUGUACCAGCCUACCACCGAAGAUCAUCGCGAGACCACCUAUAUCCGUUACCAACUACUUGUCGACAGAAAUGCACGAUCUCGCACCGCCCCGAUCGAAAUGGCGGGAGAGACUUUCUAUGGACGACUCGAACACGUUGUGUGUUUUGAACUCACUCAUUCUCUUCCGGGUCCUGACUUGGAAGAAUCACGGAAGCCAAUAGUCCUCGCGCUCAUCCGAAUGUCAAGGAUGCAAAACUGGAUGAAGUGA